CAUCUGGGAUUGAGAGAAUACCAUAGAGACGGGAGGAUCCGCCCGGAGUGACCGGAUUGGAGAUAGACCCCCUGGAGUGACCUGAAAUCGGUAAUAUACGGAACUGAAACGAUAGGAGAGUCACCGAGAUAUUAACUUGCUACCGGUAACCUGAUAUACCCUGAAAGAGAGUCCGAGGAGGAGUGUACAGGAGACCCGAGAACACAGAGACCCCAGAGUGACCCCGCGACCAGAGUGAGCUCAGUGUGACACGGAGCCCAAAGGAGGGUGUGUCCCAGUGCCUGGAGCAUAUUAGACCACUCAAAAGAUUUGUGGACAUCUUUCAGACGCUGGCUCCCCACCUGUGAUUGGAAUACUCAGAGCAGCCCUCCAGGAGGUGCAGGAUUGCAGCGCAGCGUGACGCCACAAGCCAUGCCGUUUCCCUUUGGGAAGUCCCACAAGUCUCCUGCAGACAUAGUUAAGAAUCUAAAGGAGAGCAUAGCUGUAUUGGAAAAGCAGGACAUAUCUGACAAAAAGGCAGAGAAGCAGAGAGGAGGGUUGAUAAGUCACACAUUGAGCUCCCCUUCUCUCCAAACCAAUUCCUUUAGCCCCCCCUCUCGAAGUCCAAACAGCACAUUUGCCGGGUACUCUUCGGAUGACAUGCAGAUCAAGAACAAGGACAUAAAGAAACUACCGUGGUCCAAAAGGAACUCGUUUGUAUCUGGGAAGCCGAAGAUCGACAGAACGGCUGUCUUAUCGGCAACUGAAGAAGUGUCUAAAAACCUGGUGGCCAUGAAAGAGAUUUUAUAUGGGACAAAUGAGAAAGAGCCUCAGACAGAAGCCGUGGCACAGCUGGCUCAGGAACUCUACAACAGUGGUCUCUUAGGAACGCUCGUGGCUGACCUGCAGCUUAUAGAUUUUGAGGGCAAGAAGGAUGUUGCUCAAAUCUUUAACAAUAUUUUACGAAGACAGAUUGGCACACGGACCCCAACAGUGGAAUAUAUUUGCACCCAGCAGAAUAUUCUUUUCAUGCUCCUUAAAGGGUACGAGUCUCCUGAGAUUGCUCUAAACUGUGGUAUAAUGCUACGAGAAUGUAUCCGGCAUGAACCACUUGCCAAAAUUAUCUUGUGGUCGGAGCAGUUCUAUGACUUUUUCAGAUAUGUAGAGAUGUCUACGUUUGACAUUGCAUCUGAUGCCUUUGCCACCUUUAAGGACCUGCUCACAAGACAUAAACUAUUGAGUGCAGAAUUUCUGGAGCAGCAUUAUGAUCGUUUCUUCAGUGAAUAUGAGAAGUUAUUGCACUCAGAAAACUAUGUAACAAAAAGACAGUCACUGAAGCUUCUUGGUGAGCUUCUUUUGGAUAGACACAACUUCACCAUCAUGACCAAGUAUAUCAGUAAACCAGAAAAUCUAAAGUUGAUGAUGAAUCUUCUCCGUGACAAGAGCCGUAAUAUCCAGUUUGAGGCUUUCCAUGUAUUUAAGGUUUUUGUUGCAAACCCCAACAAGACACAGCCUGUUCUGGACAUCCUCUUGAAAAAUCAGAGCAAACUUAUUGAAUUCCUCAGCAAGUUCCAGAAUGACCGCACUGAAGAUGAGCAAUUUAAUGACGAGAAAACCUACCUAGUGAAACAAAUCCGGGACCUGAAGAGACCUGCACAGCAAGAUGCCUGAGAGUGUGAGGGGACCCAAACCAUUGCUGACUGCAAGAGUAUUCAGCAUCCCAUGGACUUUGCAAGCAACGUCCUCACUACUAUCCUGAACGGUUUUCACCUUAUUCCAUUUGUUUUUGAAGUUUUAGUCCGAGUGUAACCCCUUCCCUGCUGGAAGAGCCCAAAUGCUGCACGCACCUCCAGCAGCCCAGGGGUUAAGGGAUGAAUGCAUAGCUAACUUUAGUUUGUCCCCCCUGCACAUUUAUAGUACAUGAUGGGAUUAUUUCUUCCCUCUUUUCUCCUUUGUUGCUUUAGUAUGGGAUUAAUGAUUGUUCAGUUUUGGAGUGCUGAGGGAAGAAAGUGAAAAAAGGAAUUACAACAAAAGACAAGUGUCUCAGGAGCGAGUGUACAUUUACUAGUUCUGAUUUUGGAUAAGAUGGCUUAUGUGUACUUUAUUUCCUUUUCUUUUUUUUUUCUCUUUUUUUUUUUUAAGCAAGGCGUUGCAUGCUUGCAAAAAUACAAUGGGAAGAAUCUGUUUCCAUCAGCAUAUUUGCACAUAAACUUGUAAUAGAAAUCGAGCACAAAUCUGAUCCGUGCAUAGCUGGUACCUUAGUUUUAAGACUAUAUUAUGCCUUGAUUUCAGACAGAAAACAAUUCAGUAAAAUGCAAAACUGCAGUGCUUUUAUUUGUAAUAAAAAUGCGGGGUGUGGACCACAGUGUAUCAGUAGGAAAUGAGGAUUCUGUAGCCAACAUGUAUUUUAACAGUGUCAGUUCUGAGGAACAUUCUACAGAGGGUAUGUAAAGAUUAGUGUACAUUUAUUAUCUGCCUUUCAACUGCUUACUUGCUUAUUUUGAUCGUGUGUUUAUUUUAACAGGAGUUUAAGAUUUUUUUUGUUCUUUUCCUUUUUUUUUUUUUCUCCCUCUUCUUUAAAGCAGCACUUUAUGUCCCUAGUGAAAAUGUUUUAAUCGCCUGAAAUUGCUGCUUUAUAAAAUCAUGCUGUGCAACUCUGUACUUUUAAGGGGCACAAAUAGCAGUUGGUAUUUCUAGCCUUUACAGUAAUGAUUGUUGAACAUCAGUAAACUGAAUUCCAAAUCUUUGUACACACUCUGCUUUGUACAAAACAUUCUCCAUUCAGUAAGAUAUUGUUAACACCUGCUCCUUAUAUUCUUGUUGCAUUGUUUGAUUUAUGAGGUGCCUGCAGUGUAGCAGAACACUCCAUAUCAUAAUCUAAUUUAUACUUUACAAGGCCUCUUAAAUGAAAAUGAUACCUAGUGAGGGAUGCUAAAGUCAUGCAAACUAAAUAAGAGCAUUGGUAGUUGGUUUAAUGACCAGCUGUCCCUUAAAUGGGGUUAGGACUCUGCUUGCCGGCAGUGCUUGGAAAUAUGCAGUCAGAAUAGUUUUUUUGCAGCAGCAGGUUUGUGAACAUAAAAUGCUGCUUUUAGACCCAUCAAGAAUAGAGGAUUUUAUGAACUUCCCUUUCUUUGGGCAGUGUUUGUGACGACUAGUGUUAUUUUUGUUGCUUCACCCUGAGUAGGCAGAAUAACCUGCUAUAUCCCACUUCCGCACACAGAGCAGGUCCCUCAGACAUGAGAAACAUACAAACAAAACUAUCCUAUUAUGAAAAAUAAGAGCUAUAACACACAUUCACUGUACUGUCAGAGCCUUCCAAUGCAUGCAGAAGAGAGGACGGUAUAGUAAUGUGUGGUUAAGCCUUUGAAACAGCUGUGUAUGAAGUAGGAUAGUAAGCAUUUUGUGUGUGUGUGUGCGUUCUGUAUCAAGGUGAGCUGCAAAUUCAUGCUUGUCUUGUGUAUGAUCAGUGUACAUAGCUGUGUAGGGCAAAUGGCAGUAACGAGGGCACCUUCAUAAAACCUUUUUCAUGUCAUGCAGAGGGUGUCCUUUAAAUUUUGAUUACAUUUUUAAAACGAAAAGAGCAGUGAAAUAAUAAUGAACAAAGAAAUCAUUGCAUUUUUUUUUUUACAUCAUUUAUUUAUUGUAUGAGGGAUUUCCUGCAUUGUGCAUGCAGCUGGGACAGUCUCAGGGCUUUGCAUGUGGUUUGGUUCCCAUCAGAUAAAUGUGUUAUUUGAUGUCCCCAAAUUCCCUGGAAGGUGCAGAAAACAAAGCCUCGGGUGAGGGGGGAAACAAUUGAGCUUUGUAUGGACUUGCUUCGGGUUUCUUUAGAAUCUCUGUGUACAUAAGUUUUUGGCCUCUUAUUCGUAAAGAAAAAAAAAAUAAACUGUACAGUAAAAUA